AUGCAAUCCGAAGAAAGGGCCGCCCAGGAGGAGUACUGGAAGCAGCACUCAGACGGCGCCACGGUGGAGGACAUGAUGCUGGAUAGCCAGGCGCGGGAAAUCGACAGGCUGGAUCGCCCGGAGGUUCUUGCCUACCUGGGUCCCAUCGGCGGCAAGCGCGUGGUGGAGCUGGGCGCGGGGAUCGGACGCUUCACGGGCGAGCUGGCGGCCAGCGCGACUCGCGUGACCGCCUAUGACUUCAUGGAGCCGCUGGUGGCCAAGAACAGGGAGCAGCACGGACACCUGGCCAACUUGGAGUUCGUCGUGGAAGACGUGACGGCGACGGAACGACCGGCGCAAUCGACCGACGUCGUCUUCUCCAACUGGCUGCUUAUGUACUUAAGCGACAGAGAGGUGGAGAUCCUGGCAAGCAAGAUGCUGAUUUGGCUGUCAGUCGGUGGAAUUUGCUUCUUUCGGGAGUCGUGCUUCCAGCAGUCUGGAGAUCGCAGGAGGAAACAGAAUCCAUCACAUUACAGGAACCCCCGGGACUAUUUCCGCUUGUUUGAUGCAGCACACGUGGACAUGCCAGAUGGGAAGCAGAUGCGCUUUGAGUUGGUUGGCUGCAGGUGCAUAGAGAGUUAUGUGGCUGUAAAGAAGAACCAGAACCAGAUUUGCUGGAAGUGGAAGAAGGUGGUGAAGAACCCUCAGGACAAUGGUGAAUUCAGACACUUCUUGGACAACUACCAGUACGCUGUGAAUGGAAUUCUGAGAUAUGAACGCAUGUUUGGAGAGGGCUUCAUAAGCACAGGGGGUCUCCAUACCACAAAAGAUAUUCUGAAACGGCUGAGGUUGCAGCCUGGCGAGCGCGUCCUUGACAUAGGAUGUGGUAUUGGUGGUGGUGAUUUCUACAUGUGCCAAGAGUAUGGCGUUCACGUGCAUUGCAUCGACCUUUCAGUGAACAUGUUCAUGAUCGCCACAGAACGAGCACAGAGAGUGAGGUGCUCUGCAUCGUUCGAGGUUGCCGACAUUACGAAGAGGGAAUUUGAGGAUGAAAGCUAUGACGUGCUGUAUAGCAGGGACACUAUCUUGCAUAUUCACAACAAGCCAGAGCUGUUUUGCAAGUUGCUGAAGAUGCUCAAGCCUGGUGGCCGCUUGCUCAUUACUGACUACUGUCGAUCCAGCGACAGCCCAUCUGAGCGGUUUGCAGAAUACAUUCAGCAGCGUAACUAUGACUUGCACUCUGUGGAGGCCUAUGGAAAGAUGUUGUCGGAUGCAGGAUUUGUUGAUGUGGUGGCAGAAGACGCCACAGGCUUGUUCAUCAGCUCAGUGCAGCGCGAACUGGGCGUUGCAGAACGAGAGCGCAACGAUUUUGUAGCAGAGUUCUCAGAGCAGGACUUUGAGGCUGUGGUCAGCGGCUGGAAAGAAAAGCUGGACCGUGCCACAGCUGGAGAGCAGUGUUGGGGGUUAUUCAUGGCCAGAAGGGCAACAAACUGA